GUGAUUGUUGUUCAGUGGUGAAUUAUUUAGUAUUAUUCAUAAAAAAUGGAUAAAGAAAAUAAUGAAAAUAAUCAAAGCGAAGCGACCGGCAAUGAUAUAAAAGAAGACACAGUGCCUGCGAGUACUCCUUCUGGUAUAAAACCCCAACAAGAAAAUAAUGUGGAUUCUAACCUCACUAACUCCAAAGAAAAUGAAAGUGAACCCUUACACUUUCAAUACGUUUCCAAGAUUUCCACGGAAAAUAUAUCGCAUUCUAUAAAAAGAAUGUUAAAAGAUAUAAAUACUUCCAGGCUCAAUCUCAACGUACAAUUUGCCGCAAUUAGAUUAAAACUUCAUGAAGCAACUAAACAAUCUACAACUAUUCGUGUUCGUGUGCAUGAACUUCGUGCAGGUAUUUCCGAAAUUCAGUCAAGUUUGGAUGAAGGACAUAUCGAUGAUAAGUUUAUGGAAAUAUAUAAAAACAUUAUAGACAAUCUUAAAAACCAGCACGACGAGAUUUCAGAGCACUUAAAAGAAGUUACAAAGAGAAAAGACCAUCUUAAUGAACAAUUGAAUAAUUUGGUACUACUAAAGAAGGGUGUUCAAGAAAAAUUAGAACUAUUAAGAGUUAACUUGGAGAGAGUUAACCUCAAAGAAUGUGAAGAUUAAGUAAAGCAUGUCAUGUUACCUUAUCUUG